AUGACUAAUAGCCAUUCUACGCCUUUUAAUAAACACAGAAUCGAAUCCAUUCAAACAGCGGAAUUUUCAGUAAAACAAUGCCAACAAAACGCAAACUACGGUGAAUGCGAAUACGGCGAUGAGGCGGUGUACUUUGAUAGGAACGACUUUGUGAAAUUCGCGCCGUCAGUGCAGACCUCUUGCUGCCAUCAAGAAUCAGAAGAAAAACGUUGCUACCUCACGGUGAAUGGCAAGGAAGAGUUGCCGUCAGUGCACGGGGUCAAGUACUGUCUGUCAGAGACAGAAAAACACGUACGGCACUCAUCGCUCAGAAGCAAGGUGGUACUGUCCAGGGAUAAGGUGAAGUUCUGCAAAGGGAUCAACGGAAAUGUGAAUCCAGUGACUAUAAAAAAUGUCUCGGCAUAUUGUACGUUACCUAAAAACCCGAGGAAAGUGGGCGAAAAUCAUCAGCACCACACGAGGCACGCAAAUCCGCCCAAAGGGUUACCCCUGAUGGAACGCAUAUCUAUUAUUGGUGUGACUUGA